AUAUGCUCAGAUUUUCUUUGCUUUUCCUCCUUGGAUUAUUUUCAGUCAAUGCGGUGAAUUUCACAUGCCCCGAUGCUGCAAUAACCGUCCAGACACCAACUGGAAAUUUGCCAACAGGAGCAACACAGUUAACUAUCGUUCCAGCAGGAGUUAACUGCUCAAUUCAGUUUUCAAUUCCGAAUGGGUACGCACUGCUUCUCCAGUUCCACGUGGAUUUUCAAGCUGACCCCGAUAAGGUAGAAAUUGUCGAUAGCCUGAACGUAGUUAGAUAUAUUGUACAUACUGGAACAGUUUUGGCAAAUGUACCUCUUUGGCUAGCAGCACCAUCAGCGCAAGUGGUUGUAACUGGAGUUUCAGGCAACAGCAGUUUCUUGCUCAAUUAUAGAUAUCAGUCAUUGUCUGGCUUCAAACAGGUCAUCAAGCCAACUGGCGAGCACUUCUCCUUGAACGAUCUUCCCACCAAUACAUAUUACACCAUCAAUGCUUCAUCGGACACUGAAAAGGUUGCUCUAAACUAUGGUCAAUUCAUUGGAGACGCUACCGACUACACCCUUCUCGACUUUUUUGUGUAUGAUGGAGACAACCUUAACACCGCAAAUAUGAUCGGAAGUCUGGCCGAUGUUGACUACUACAUGACAUUUUCUACAGGAAAAAACCUGAGUAUUGUGAACUUUUACGGCGAUGGAUCUUCAUCAUAUGCUCUUGGAAAUGAUGCAUCGACAAUCUCGUCGUUUAGCCUUUAUUUUUUAUACAUGACACGUGUUCAGACAGGGAUCACUGGAACUUUGGCUGGUACUACUACUAAUGGUGCAGCUUAUACUUUCAUCUGCGUGGAUUGCUCGACUUUUUAUUGGACACGGCUGCAGUUUGAUUCGAUGGUUAAUGGGAAUGUGACAAAUGUGGCAUUCCAGGGAAUGACGCCGACUCACAAGAAGGAGAAGCUUUUAAGAUAUGACCCCCAAACCGUCGGCGACAACUAUUUCCCCCAGAUAAUGCCAACCAACAUUUUGACUGUAAAUCUCUACCAAGCAAGAACUGCGUUCGGGUUCAACACUGCCAGUACAAGUGUGGCAUGGUCGCAGCCUUAUGAUAAGCGAAAGGGAUCAAUUUUCUCCUCUAAUUUGUGGAUGGACAAUUCGAGCGGUUUCAACUACAAUAUCAGAAACGAUUCUGCACUUUUCAAUAUUUCUCUCAAUAUGAAUAGUUUUCUGUUGAGUGCCUCGGAUCAGAUGAAUCUAUCAGUUGGCGUGCAGGAUCAGAAUGCUACGUACAGUUAUCAGUAUCCCCGAGACCAGAACAUUAACACCACUGUAUCUGUAAAUGGAACCUACCUACAAGUUGCUCUGAACUCCUCUGCAACUUCCGAUGUCCGGCUUUCAUUUGAAAUGACUUACCUGAAUGAUAUUAUUGGAUCAACAACGACACUACCAACUACAACAACAACACAAACUCCACUUCCAACCACCACAAUUCUGACAACUCGACCUGCACUGACCACCCAGUCCACAGUUUUCACAACGCAGGCAGUUACGACUCAGCAGCAAACAACUGUCGUGAAAACGCCUACAACGCAGACCCCACAAAAUCAAACUACUACCGGUUCUCCAUCCCAGGCACCUACAACACCAGUCAUUCAGACAACUACCAAGGGAACUGAAAAUUUGAAAUUAACAGCUGCAUUUGUGGUUCUGUUGAUUAGCUUUUACAUUUGAAUUGUAAGCAAUACCAGUUUUUUCUUUGAAUUUUUGCGUAGUUGUAAAAAUAUAUUCAAUAAAUUUUUUUACUGUCAAUUGAAAAAAAA